CCUACCCCUCUCUCUCUCUCUCCCUACCUACCUACCUACCUCUCUCUCUCCCUCUCACCCCCCCCCAUAUCUCUUCUUCCCUCCCUCCCCCCCCAUCAGUACUAGGAACAUUUUGUAAAUGUAUUUGCAUGCAUUGGUUUAAUUGAUUGGAUGAUUUUGAUUAGAUUAUUGGACAGUUGUCUCUUCACACAUGACUUUUAAUGAGCUACACUGGCUUCCCAAAGGGACAGAAAUUAUUAAAUUUUGCAGUAUUAAGGUCAAAAUUCUAAAAUCUUAAUAUAAGAUCAGUAAGAGUGAGAUCAGUAAACGAGUCUGUGGUUCCUAGAAAGCGUAAGAAAAGUUUGAAGGGUUUUGCUCACCGCAGACUGUUGGUCAGGUUCAUGGACGAAUUACAAAUGUUUUGUUCUGAUGUUUCUGAUGUACUUUUCUUCCGUCCAAUAAACUGCUUUUUAUGCUUAUUCUGGAAUUUGUGAAUUUUAUUUUAGUGUAAAAUUAUAAUUCUUGACUGAUGUAUGUUUAUGGACGAGGUGUCCAGUGUCAGAGGUAAAGUUAGAGUUGUAACAUCUACACAAUGGAAUAGCAUGAGAUCACAGUAAUUAUAAUAAUGAUAAUAAUUAUUAUCAUUAUUAUUAUUAUCAUUAUUAUAAUUCAAGGCAGAAUAUUACCAUUAAACUUUAAAACACAUUUCCUCACCUCUCUCGUUCUCUCAGGUUUAACAAGCUUUACAGGCCAGACCAGAUGUACAGUAUUGUUAGUGUUAGAGCAAAGAGAACAACUCUUAUUAACAAACAUUUAGAACAGAGAUUAAUAUUAUUAUUAUUAGUCUCUCUCUCUCUGUGUGUGUCUCUCUCUCUCUCUCUGUCUCUGUGUGUGUGUGUGUGUGUGUCUCUCUCUCUCUCUGUGUGUGUCUCUCUCUCUGUCUCUCUCCCUCUGUGUUUAUAUCUAUGUUUAAUGUAAUUUCAUUAUAUUUUAGUGUAAACAGUGAUGUGGGAAUAAGUGAACUGGUUCAAAUGUAACGAUUCUGUGGAUUUGGCAACAUCCGGGUGAUCGGUACUGUGUCUUUAAGGCGCGCGCGCGUGUGUGUGUGUGUGUGUGUGUGUGUGUGUGUGUGUGUGUGUGUGUGUGUGUGUGUGUGUGUGUUGUCCAGUUAAAGCAGGAUAAUCCACACACUGCAGGAAAUGUACCUGCAAUUGAGGAGAAUGAACUGAGUGCGUGCGGAAUCUAGAGCAGACAUGCAGUCAGACGAGGGGACAGAGUGGCUCAUGGAGCUGCUCACAGAUGUGCAGCUGCAGCAGUAUUACCUGCGAAUCCGUGAUGAUUUAAACGUCACUCGUCUCUUUCACUUCGACUACGUGAAGACUGAAGACCUGGAGAAGAUCGGCAUGGGGCGACCAGGUCAGAGGCGUCUGUGGGAAGCAGUGAAGAGACGCAGAGCGAUGUGUAAACGCAAAUCGUGGAUGAAGGUGUUCACAGGUAAGAGACCAGACACAGAGGCUCAGACUGGAGUGACCUUUCAGGAUUCGUCUCCCUGCAGUGUUCCGGCUGAAGCUCGGGGUGAAUCGCAGCCUGCGGCUCUGACCUGUCUGAUCAGUGACCGAGAUCUGACGCUGCUGGAGAAACUCGGGGACGGAUCGUUUGGCGUGGUGAAGAGGGGGGAAUGGCAGGCUCCGUCUGGACGAGUGCUGAAUGUUGCUGUGAAGUGCCUGAAGACAGAUUUGUUGGAUCAUACGGAAAGUCUGGAUGAUUUCAUACGGGAAGUGAACGCUAUGCACUCUCUGGAUCACCAGAACCUCAUCCGGCUGUACGGCGUCGUCCUCACACACCCCAUGAAGAUGGUGACGGAGCUGGCUCCUCUUGGUUCUCUGUUGGACCGGUUGAGAAAGCGCCAGGGUCACAUCCUGAUCUCGGUGCUGUGUCGCUACACCGUACAGAUCGCGUGUGGAAUGGCGUACCUCGAGUCACGCCGCUUCAUCCACAGAGACCUGGCCGCACGAAACAUCCUGCUGGCCUCCAACGACCUCGUCAAAAUCGGAGACUUCGGUUUGAUGCGUGCGCUGCCAGGGAACGACGACCAUUAUGUGAUGCAGGAGCACCACAAGGUUCCGUUUGCAUGGUGUGCUCCAGAAAGCCUGAAGACCAGAACCUUCUCUCAUGCCAGUGAUACCUGGAUGUUUGGUGUGACGCUGUGGGAGAUGUUCAGUCACGGCCAGGAGCCGUGGCUCGGCCUCAACGGCAGCCAGAUCCUCCAUAAGAUCGAUAAGGAGGGCGAGCGGCUGGUCAAACCCGAGGACUGUCCUCAGGACAUCUACAACGUCAUGCUUCAGAGCUGGUCUCCGAAACCCGAGGACAGACCGACGUUCGUGGCUCUGAGAGACUUUCUCAUGGAGACGAUGCCUACAGACAUGAGAGCUCUGCAGGACUUUGAUGAACCGGACAAGCUGAAGAUCCACGCCAAUGACGUCAUCACUAUCAUCGAGGGCAGAGCAGAGAACUACUGGUGGCGAGGUCAGAACCGUCAAACUCUGAAGGUGGGUCAGUUCCCCAGGAACGUCGUGACGUCUGUAGCUGGACUUUCAGCCCAUGACAUCAGUAGACCUCUUAAGCACAGCUUCAUCCACACGGGCCAUGGAGACACCGACCCUCAUCGCAGCUGGGGCGCUCCUGAUAAGAUUGAUGAUAUAUACCUGGGGAACCCCAUGGACCCUCCGGAUGUUCUUGGAAUGGAUCCGAAUGCUGACAGACCCACUAAAUUAGCAAACCGCUCCAAAAAGCAACCUCCACCUCGUCCUCCUCAGCCUGCUAUUCUUCUCAAGAAGCCUUUCUAUGACUUUGUGAUUGACGAUGAUGAUGGGGACGAUGAUCUAAUAGUCACUGGGCUAAAGAAGCUCUCUCGGAAACCGCCGUCAUACCUCGGGCUACGCCUGCGUCCAUGGGAGAACUCAAACCCAGUCGAUCAUCUCAGUGAGGUCUCGCUCAUUGACUUUGGAGAUGAUAGCUUCAGCUCCACCUCGCCUUCCCCCAUUACAGAGACUCCUGCCUCCAGCUCCACUCUGUCUGGAGCCUCCAUCCUGGAUUAUGGACCUCCACCGAGCCCGUACCGCAGUUUGCCGAACCCUCUCCACCCAACCCCAGUGGUGGACUGGGACUCCCGGCCUCUGCCUUCUCUCCCUGCGUAUGAUGAGGUGGCUGUAGAGUGUGAGGAGCAGGAGGAUGUGGAAGUCAGUUCCAUAAACACUGCAAAGACUGACAAUCCAGUCCAGCAUAAUUAUGAUGCUGUUGAAGGAGAUUUAGAUUUCAAAUGCAAAGUGGAAGAUGAACUGUUUCUUCUGUCCAAACCCGUUGUGGAGAACCGCUCUACCUCGCAGUCGGCUGAUAUCUUCAAGGAGUUACAGAGAGAGGUCAUGGCAAAGCUGCGCGUACCAGUGACGGCGCAGUCGAUGCCUUCAUCGCCCCUUUUACCACACCGCCAAAUCAUCCUGCCAUCCUGUGAGGACAAGCCCCAGAUCCCACCCCGGAUUCCUGUCCCACCAACACGGCCUUCCAGACGGACACGAGCCAGGCUUUCAGCCUCUUUAGCUGAUGAUGAAGAGAAACCUCAGCCUCCUCAGAUCCCUCCGAGAGACCACGCCAUGUCCCAGCCCAGCUCGCGAUGCCCCAGUCCCAUGAUCUCAACUCAGCAGAGACCAGUUUUGUGCUGUGUCGGUUCUCUGGGUUCCUGUCUUUCCCCUUCAUCGUACUCCUAUGCUCCAUCUACUGCACCCUCGAAGCUCUUGCUCAGCCCCAGUCGAGUCAACUAUAACUCCCAGAAUGCCACGUCCUCCACCAAUAUGGACCAGACUCGAGCAAAGAGUCCCUGCAACAUGCCAGUCAUGAGCGACACCACCAAGGCCAGCAGCACUCAGUACUACCUGCUUCCUGACAGGCCAACGUAUCUUGAAAGAUACGACAAGUCUGUGAAAGAUUCAGAACAAAACAAAGAGCGACGGACCAACAUGGCGACCGUCAGACCCAUGAUACAACAGCAGAUCAGCAGCAGCACUCAGAGCUCAACGACGGUCAGCACUUACAGCAGUGUGAAACAGGUACAGGAGGCGGUCCAUGGAGUGACAGUAGAGGAAUGUCAGACGGCGCUCCAGAGUCACGGCUGGAACAUCCAGAAGGCUAUAGAGUACCUCAAGGUAGAGCAGCUGUUCCGUCUGGGUCUGAAGACUAGGCCUGAGUGUGUAGAAGUUCUGCAGAGGUGCAGCUGGAACCUGGAGCGAGCGAGCACCCAGAUGCUGGACUCCUACGGUCCAUCUAGACAAAGAUACUAAACCCAGCAUCGAGGACGGACAGACACAGCGCCCUCUUCUGUCCACAGACAACCACGUGAUAUUCAUCUAAAUCAUGUUCUUUGUUGACUGUUUACAGAAUCGUCACUGCAUCUGGCCAGAAAAAGCUAAAGUGCUGACUCGAGAAUAUAAUAUGAAUUUUUUGGAGAAUGUGGAGAAUAUUUUGUGGCUGUUGUUCGGAGCCUCGUUUAGCGCUGAGCUUCAAUCGGAUUCUGCACUAAAGCUUUUUAUUUAAGACCUUUAUGUGUUAUUUAAGUUGUGUUUUAUAUUUAUUUAUUAUAUAUAUAUACUUUAUGAAGCAAAGAUGUCAAAUUAAGUGACUCGCUGUAUUAUUUACAUGAUAUUAUAUUAUUAUGUAUAGAUUUGCCAUCGAAAGGUGAAAUGUUUCUGAUCAUUUAUUUGAUUUAUUUAUCGGUUUUGCUGAAACAGGAACCUCGUGAUAAGAGUCUGAAUAUUAUUCACUAAUACACUUGUGUCUUAUUUAGAGCUUUUAUCCAUCAUUAGCCUUUAAUUUUAUGAUGGCAUUCAAAUAGAAAUCAAUGUUAUUUAUUCCUUAAUUUUGUUCAUUCAUAUUUUCAUUUGUUUAUCAGGUACCAAAGACGUGUAGUGCUUGUUGUUGGCUGUGGAGUUUCAGCUCAGGCUUCAUUCAUAAACAUUUUAUAGAUUUGACUUAAAAGAUUGUACAUGAACAAAAGUCAUCAGGGUUAAAAGAGCAUGUGUGUGUGAUGACCAGGUGUAUGAGCAUGUGUGUGUGAUGACCAGGUGUAUGAGUAUGUGUGUGUGUGUGAUGACCAGGUGUAUGAGCAUGUGUGUGUGUGAUGACCAGGUGUAUGAGUAUG